AUGGCAGCAAUUGCAGCGAAAGUACCGAAUCUAACCCUCAAUGACGGCCACAAGUUUCCGAUUGUGGGUUUGGGCACAUAUGAGGCGCCGCCCGGUGUUGUCGAGAAAGUGGUUCGGGUGGCCAUCGAUGCCGGCUAUCGGCACUUCGAUUGCGCCGACUUUUACGAGAACGAGCACGAAGUGGGACAGGCGUUGAGGGACGCCAUACGCGACGGCAAAGUGACUCGGGAUCAGCUUUUUAUCACUACAAAAGUGUGGCCCAAUUGGCACGGCAAAGGCAGACCCACCAAGAGCAUUCAACGCAGUCUCAAGAAUCUAGGUUUUCCAUAUGUGGACCUAUUGCUCAUCCAUUGGCCGACACCUCUUAAACAAGUGGACGACGACUUCUACCCCCAGGACGCCAACGGACAGGCAUUGUUUGAUGAAUCCAUACAAUUGAUUGAUGUCUGGAAAGAGUUUGAACAGAUCAAGCGAGAUGCGCACACUUCAGUGUCUCCUACACUGCCAUCACCGCCACCGACAACAAUACACACCACCGCAGCUGCUCUUCGCAUACCAGUCCUCUCACUUUCUAACAGACAUACCAUACUCUGGAUAACACUCUCGAAAGUACCGAAUCUAACCCUCAAUGACGGCCACAAGUUUCCGAUUGUGGGUUUGGGCACAUAUGAGGCGCCGCCCGGUGUUGUCGAGAAAGUGGUUCGGGUGGCCAUCGAUGCCGGCUAUCGGCACUUCGAUUGCGCCGACUUUUACGAGAACGAGCACGAAGUGGGACAGGCGUUGAGGGACGCCAUACGCGACGGCAAAGUGACUCGGGAUCAGCUUUUUAUCACUACAAAAGUGUGGCCCAAUUGGCACGGCAAAGGCAGACCCACCAAGAGCAUUCAACGCAGUCUCAAGAAUCUAGGUUUUCCAUAUGUGGACCUAUUGCUCAUCCAUUGGCCGACACCUCUUAAACAAGUGGACGACGACUUCUACCCCCAGGACGCCAACGGACAGGCAUUGUUUGAUGAGUCCAUACAAUUGAUUGAUGUCUGGAAAGAGUUUGAACAGAUCAAGCGAGAUGGUCUGACCAAAUCAAUUGGUGUUUCAAACUUUAAUUCGCAACAAAUCGAUGACUUGAUUAAGAACUCGUCAACAGUUCCGGCCGUAAAUCAAGUGGAAUGUCAUCCGUAUCUAAAUCAGGACAAACUGUUGCAGUGGUGUCGCCAACGGGGCAUACAUUUGACCGCAUACUCACCGCUGGCCAGGACUGGAACCGUCGAAGAGAAGAACACCACUUCGCCGCUCGACAUACCGUUGAUCAAAGAGUUGGCCGUGAAGUAUGGCGUGAGUGCGGCCGCCGUUUGCAUCAAAUGGCAGACACAGAGAGGAGUGGCAGUGAUUCCCAAGAGCGCCACCAAAGAGCGGAUCGUCGCUAACAUCGAUAUAUUCCACUUCAAUCUGACCGACACCGAAGUGCAGGCCAUUAACGCGCUCAACAAAGACUGGCGUAACAAUACGUGGUCGCAGUUUGGCAUCAAUAAGCACAGAAACUGGCCCUUUCAUAUCCCCUUCUAAACACAUCCCUGUGUAAACACAUUUAUAUCGAUGAAUUAUGUAACUUAUAAUUCAUAUAAGCCUUGAACGAGCAGUUAAUCAAAAGUAAAUAAUUAAAAUAAAAGUGCAAUAAAAAUAAAAUUUAAUUAAA